CAUUGCACAAUCCAACCAGAGAUACCCCUCUCCUUGACUUGAAGUAAUUGUCUGACUAGCGCCCUUUGCUAUCCGGGGCAAGCUCGACAUGUCAGUGACGUGCUCAGGUGACAAAUCCGAUUCGGACUCACAGUAAGCCUAUCUCAACCAGUCCUCCCAUUAUCGAUUAUAAGUAAGGCUUGGACUUGCACAACUUUCUUUCCUUCACUUUAUCUAUCUUCUCCAAACGAUUGCAAAUAUCGUCAUGUCGAGCACAGAUAAGCCUUUGAUUGCUGUUGUUGGAGCAACAGGAGCUCAGGGUGGUAGCGUCGUCCAAUACCUAUUGAAUGACCCCGACCAUACUUUCCGCGUUCGUGCGUUAACGCGUAAUGUCGACUCUCCGAAGGCGAAGGCUUUGGCGGAAAGCGCUGUUGAGGUUGUAAAGGCCGAUCUGAACGACGUGAAUAGCCUGAAGAAGGCAUUUGAAGGUGUCUACGGCGUGUUCGGUGUCACGAAUUUCUGGGAAGUGUUCUCGGGCGAAAAGGAAACUCAGCACGGAAAGGCGUUGGUCGAUGCCGCAGUAGCGGCGGGAGUGAAACAUUUUGUCUGGUCGACGUUGGAUCAUACAUCCGACCCGUCGGUGCCUCAUUGGGACUCCAAAGCUGCCGUCGAUGAUUAUCUCAAGCAGACCAAUCUUCCGCGUACUUCCCUUUAUACAGCGUUCUAUUAUGAGAACCUUCUUACGUUCCCGAAUCUAAACAUUGAGAAGGACGAUGCAGGUAAAUUAGUAGCAGACUGGCCUGUAUUCUGGACGGAUGGCCCUAUUGGUGGAUACAGUGCCGCUGAGACAGGAGCAUAUGUACUCGAGGCAUUGAAAAAGCCGAAGGAAUGGAUCGGGAAAGACCUACGUGUCGUCUCGGAUGUAUUCACCCCGCGUCAAUUCAUCACCGCUGUUAGCGAGGUAACAGGACAAGAGAUCGCGAUCCGUGAAUACGAUCGGGAGAAGUUUAAUGAAUCCCGAGCGUAUAGUGAAGAACUUUGGGCCAAUAUGGAAUACUUCUAUAAACACAAUGGAAAUCCGAACCGCGAUGCCGAUUUGACCUUGCGCAUCAACCCAUCUCGCAAAGAUCAUCGCGCAUUUGUUCAAGCUAACAAGGAAGCAUUUAUUGCUUCGUUCAACUUGUAGAGUCGGAAUUCGGAAUUGCAUGAAGAGCAGUAUUUAAUUGGCCAAUUUUCCCAAGAAACAUUGAACAUGAUGUUCAAAUAGUCAUGUAACAUUUCUUUCGUUCUUACAUGUUGUACAUAAUGAAAAUCUUAUGCUAAUAAAUACACUAUAUCAGCG